AAUUUGCAUGGAUUCACAGGAACGCUGCGCUCCCAAUCCUAUCCUAACAACUUUGGUACGGGUUUCUUGAUAUCCCAGACUGGAAUGAUUUCACCAGAAAUGACGAUGGAACUGACCGGAGAGCAGCUGAAAGUGACUGAGACCCAGCUGAAAAGAUAUUUACCUCGGUCACAACAGGUUUAUGGUUUUCUGGUCCUCAGAAACAGAGUCAGAUCAGACUCUGUGAGGGUUUUAGUGGACAGAUGGCCAGAGUUCAACGUCAUUGUCUGCAAACCACAAUACGAACAGAAGGGUGAUCACUUCAAAGACACACUGGUUUUUGCUAAAGAUGAAGCUGUUCUCGAAGAAACCAUUAGGAAGUCCUCUGUUAUUGACUGGACCCAGUACCUUUGUCUUGGAAUCAAUCUUCGCCACUUGGAGAUAUUCAAAGCAGUGGCAUCAGAAAAAGACGUGUCCAGCAGCAAACUGGCAGUGUGCCAUAUGAUGAUACUGGAGGAUGUAUCCAACCUUCCCUCUAUAGACAGCUCCGGGAUCUCACUUAGCUCUCUGGAUGAAUCGCACGUCAGCUUGGUGAAUCAGAUGUGGAAGUUUGGAAAGAACGAGGGCGCUGCCAGAAUGAUCCGGAACAUGAUAGCAAACUUCCCCUCCUGCUGCGUGCUAGAUGCAGAAGGAACGCCUGUGUCCUGGAUCCUGACCUAUGCGUCAUGUGCAAUGGGCAUAUUGUACACUCUGCCAGAGCACAGAGGGAAAAGCUACGCCAAAGUCCUGGUCAGCACCAUGGCCAAGAGACUCCACGCUCAGGGCUACCCGGUGUACUGCUUCAUAGAGGAGGAGAACGACGUCUCCUACAUGCUCUUUAAAAAACUGGGCUUCAUUGAGGACCCCUCAUACAGGGAAGCCUGGUUUGGAUUCAAUGAUUCUUUUUAAAAGUAACACGCCGACUUAUUGGGAAUUUAGUUUAUUCACCGUAACCCCC